AUUGAUAUAGGUCUAUGUCUAUGGUGUAAUAAAUGCAAUGAUUAUUAAAUCGUCUAAAUCUGUGUUCUGCGCCGCUAUUUACAAAAGAUUGGAAUAAAACGGACGUUGUUUCCAUAUUAAAAAUUGAGAUUGGAAUAUUGAAACUUUUAUUGGUGUUAUUAAAAGUACAAAAAAACAACAUAAACUUAACUGAAAAUACUUAGAUUUGUAAGAAUGUCCAGCAGCUGAAUUGAAAUUUUUGAAAUAUGGAGAAAAAAAUAAUCUCAACUGACGUUGGAGAACGAAUAAACGAUACAAAAAAGGAAAUAGCUCAAUUGAGUGAAGAAUUGGAGAGACUUAUAAAAUCUAAUGCAGGUUUGAGUAAUAUUAAUUUUGAGCGUGGUCAAUCGAAUGAAGAAGCAAUUAUAAUUAAAUCAUCACAAAUUAAGGAUGAUGGCACUUCUAACAAAGUAUUUCAUGAAAAUGUUGACGAAGCAAAUAAAAAACUUAGUGCUAUGGGUAAAACAGUAAUUCCUCCAGAAGUUUAUAGUGUUAAACUCAAAAAAAAGCCUGAACUGAUAUGCAAUAAAAAAUAUAUGACACAUGAUAAAGAAUCUACAAAAGAAUUUAUGCGGCAACAGAGAGAAAAGAGAGAGGAACAGAGAAAAAAGAUAGAUUCCAAAAAUAAGAUUGAUUUAGAAGUGAAGAAACAAAAACUAUUGGAAUUACAAAAAAAAUCGAUGGCUUUGGUCCAAAGAAAUAUUCAGCUUAAACGUGAACGUUCAAAGUCUAGAGAGAGAUGGGAACAGAUUAGAAUUGAUAAAAGUAGUGCACCUAGUAACUCUGGUAUUUCCCUUGCAAAGAAACCAUCAAGUGAUUAUUUAUCUUCUAAAAAGACUACUUCAGAUGUUUUAUCAAAAAAACCUGUGAAAUUGCAGAACAGAUCAAUAGCAAAUAUAAAAAAAAAAAAUUCAUUUACAAAUAAAAAUGACCAAUCAAGUGUAAAUAGUUCUCCAAAACUCAAACCUUUAAUAAGCUUAUCUGAAAAUAAAGGAACUAAUGCAGAUGUCUUGAAAAAUACAAAUAAAUCUGAGGCUAAUUUCAAUCAAGCCGCAAAUAAAAUUCAAGCUUUCUAUAGGGGUUAUCGAAGCAGGAAACAACUAGAAGAAAGAAAACAAGAAUUGAAAUAUCAUUUGAAAGAACAUCCCAUAAAAGAGUCCAAAGAAACCCAAACAUCAACAGAAAAGCAAAUCAAAUUUCCAGCAUGGAUUCAACCUCCUACAAUAGACCCAUACCCUUGCAAUUUUAUCAAUACCAUAAAAAAAAAGUUACAGCUAGUUGUUAAUUCUCCAGUGAGAUCUAAAGACAUCGGAAUCCAAAGUUCUCUAUUGGAGUCAAGGUCCAACACUCAAAAAAACGAAAAAACAAAAAAACGAAGAUUAACUAAUGAAAAUUUGAAGGCAGAUAAAAAAGGUGAAUCUGAUUCCAAUCCUCAAAAGGUAACAAAUUUGGAUGCUGAUGCUCUCCAACAUUUCGCUCUAAUUAAUUUCAGGGAAAAAUAUUCACUAAACAACAAAGGGAAUUUUAGAAGUGAUAGUGAAUCUGAUACAUCAAAAAAUAUUCCAGAGAUUUCAACAGAAAGUGGUUUAGUUUCAGAUGAAAAACUCAUACUUGUUAGUGAGAGAAGUGAUAGGGUUCUUUCCAUUAAUACUGACAAAAUUAAAAAUUUCACACUGAGAAAACCAAUGGAUGAAGACUUCUCAGACAAACAAGGAAAUAUUUCUAAAAGAUCUUACACUUUCAACUUCUCUGGAGAACAUAUCACCAAACACGCAGAUAUUUCUUCAGAGAAGAUACAAACUGAAGUCUCAUGUUCAAAGAAUUAUAUACGAUCUCCAAGAGAUUCUAUUCUUUCUUUUAUUAUUAGUGAUGCUACAAAAAACCCUUCUGUUACCAGUCAAAGAAAUAAACAAAAAUCUGAAUGGACUUCAAAUGAAGAAAUAAAAACAGAAAAAUCCAACCAUUCUUAUUCUAGAGAAAAAGAAAAUUCUAGAAGAAGGUUAAUUUUCAACCAAAAAGAAUCCAUCACAUCAAGGAGAAGUACUUAUGAUGAUGAGAAGGAUUUUGAAACUAAUUUCAAAAAUUUAAAUUCAUACAAACAUAAUAUUAUAUUACCCUCCAAUCGAUCCUCAGAUUCACUUAAAACAAGUCCUGUCGAACGAUUUUCUGGAGACAAUCAGAAUUCUAGUCAUUUAUCUAGUCACAGUUCAAGACAUAGUAUAAAAAGGAAUAGUUCUUCAAAGAAAAUUGAGGAAUCUUUAGGAAAACAAGUAACUCAAUUAAAAUCGCCUAGUUUGGAAAGUCUAAGCAAAGCUAUCAAUGAAAAUACGAACAAAGAAAUUAAUAGCGACUCUUCUGAGGUUAUUUUCACAAGUUCUGGAAUCUCAACAAAUUCCACAAAUUCUACAAAAUUUUCUAAUCCCAACUUUUUGAAUAUUCCAUUAGAAGUAAAAAAUAAAAUUGACCAUCCAGAAGUGGAAAUUAAGUCUUUAUUGAAUACUUUAACUAGUGGCAAGGUUACUGAGAUCGUUUAUGACGGAGUUGAAAAAGAGCUUAAUAUUACUACAAAUAAUAAAAAUAAGGAGUUUGAAGCAACAGAAUUGGAAAAACAAAAAGAUUUCAGUGAGAACAUAGAGUUGAAAAAACUUGGAAAUACAACAAAAGCAAAUGAAGUUAAUUCUCAAGUGGUGAAAGAUUUUAAAAGUAGAAUUGUGCAAUCGAAGAUUGAUACUAAUGAGAUCCAUUUGAAAUUUGAAGCUGAAGUACAUUUAUUGAAUGAUUUCAAUGAAUCAUUAAAACAAUUUAUGGCUGUUGAGAAGGCUUUUGAAUCAUUGAAGAAUAAAAAUGAAUGUAGUUUUCGCAAUAGUUCGAAAACUUCCUCAGCACUCAUUCUUUCUGGUGAUAGUAAAAUUUCCUCAAAUCUCAGUAAACCCAUUGGUUCAACAAUUAAUACUUCAAGGGGAUCAGAAUUAGAUGAAUCAUAUAUAACAGAAAAUAGUUUAUUGAAGCCACAAUUAAAAUCAAACAAUAAUUUGGAAAUGUCAAGUAUGCUGAAGAGUAGUCUUGGAAAUGAAAGCUUUUCUUUAAGUGAAAAUAGUCCCAACAACCUUGCUGGAUUGUCUAUUAAAAUGUUUGAACAAUUCAUAAAAGAUGAAGAUAUUCGAAUAGAGAACUUAAGGACUAUAAUCAAAAUCAGGGAACAAGCUCUUCUUGAUAGAACUAAAGGGGAGUUAGCUUGGUUGGAAAUUCAACGAAAGCACUUGAAGGAAACCGGGAAUCUUCACAAAGCUUCACUUGUCAAAAAAAAACAGAGAGGUAUUUUGCUGAAGCAUCAACAAGAAAGGAGAGAAAUGCAAAGGCUGAAACAACUUCAAAAAAUGAAAUCGAAUGAACGAAAGACAAUUUUGAAUGAACAAAAGAACCUAAUUAAAGCUAAGUUAACAUCAGAAAAACUUAUAUCUGAACUGAAGAUUCAAACUCCAAGAAAACAAAGACCAAGUGGCCCUUUAAAAGUUUUGAAGGCUAGCGAAUCACAUUCUGAAGCAUCUUUAUCGAGAAAAGCAUCAGAUACAGAAGAAAUAUUCAGUAUUACAUCCAGAAGUCAAUCUAUCAAAUUAUCAGAAAUUGAUUCAGGUAGAGAAUUUGUCUUCAAACAGGACAAAAUGGACAUCAAAAAUAUUGGAGACUCUGAAGACAUAGAUCAUAUGGAACAAGCUCUUUUGGAGCGACAAGCUUCAUUGAUGAAGAGACGUAAAGCUGUGGAAGAUCUUUUGAAGAGACAUAAAAAGCUCUUAGAAGAAGAGGAAAAAAUAAAGGAGUUAGAAAUGCAAGCUAACGCCAUCAUUAUGCAGCUUCCAUCUAAAUCAAUUACCACUAGAAAACCCAGAAUUCAAAUUCAUUCGAAAAAAAUUAAUCAAAAUGUAAUAUCAUUCUCUGAAAAUAAACAGUCGGGAGACAUAUUAUCUUCACAGAAAAAAUCAAACGAAAAUGCCUCUCAGAGAAAAGAUAAAAAUCAAAUAUCAAUUAAUACAAAUUCAUCACAAAUAGAAAACAGUUUCAAUAACUUUUAUCAUAAUACUGAAGCAACCAUAAAUGAAAUGAAGAUAAAACAAAAUGAGAAAGAUGAAAUCGAAAGUACAAUCAGUAUUUUCAAAACAGAAUAUUUAGAAGAUUUUGAAUCAGAAAAACAUGUCUUUGACACAGAAUCUAAUGAGAAUAAUAUUUCUUCAAUUAGUGAAUUAAUUGAAGAUUUUACACAAAUUGAACAGGGUAUAUCAUUGUUCAGUAAACAGUUCAAUGAAACUGCAUUAGAUACCAGUGCUAGUUUAGAAAAAAUAGGAAACUCUUCUCAACUUUCUUUGUUAGACAAUCUUAAAAACACCAUGAAUAUCUUAUCAGCGUCCAAGGAGGAUUCAGUUGAUUCUCACAAAAAUUUAAAGACUGCAACCUUUAGCCAUAGCCAUACAGACAAUGAAGUUGAAGAAAAAGUUUUGGGUAUCCAUGAUUUUCAGCCUUCCAGUAAAUUCAGUGUAAGUUUCAGUCAACCAGAAAAAAAAAUAUUGGAAGAAAUUUCGCUCAUUAAAAAAAGCGGAGAAAUCGUUAUUACUGAAAAUAUUUUUUUGGAAUUAUCGAAAAAUAAUGAGAAAAGUAAAAAGAGUAAUAAUGGUAUUAUAGAAUCUGAAUCUCUGAAAAUUUCUGAUGAAAAAGAAUUAUUGGAAGUACUUUCACUUUCAGAAGUAAUACCAGAAAUUUAUGUAAAUACUCUUAAGCAACAUAACGUUUCUACAGACCAAAUUCAGUUUUCGGAAAAAACUACUAUUUCAGAUAAAUCAAUUCAUUUCAAAUCAAAAAUUGAAGAUGAAGAAAAUAAUAGAGCCCAAAUGAUACCUUCACAAAGCAGUGAAGUUAUUUCAUUGGCAGAAAUUGAUACACCUGUUUUGAAACAGGAGAAUGAAAAAAAUAUUAACAAAAUAAUUUUUGGAAGCGAUAUCAGUGAAAUAGGUAAUUUGAUUGUUUCCGAAUAUGGAGAAAAAGAAUUUAAUAGUACUGACUCGAAGUCAUCAAACGAAAAAGAAAGUGUCUCUACAGAAAUUGUUGGCGAGUUUGAUGAGUAUAGCGAAGUUGAGAAGAACAGUGAGGAAUCUGAAGGAAUUACUUCAAUUGAAUCAGUACCACAAAUAAUUUUCGAAAAAAAUUCGUCUAAGGAUAUUAUUUCAUCUGAUAAUGAAUUAUCUCUAAUAGAAACGAGAAUAGAAGAUAAAAUGAGUAAGCCUCUUAUUGAUCCGAAAGUUUCUCCAAAAAAUAAAGUACCUUUGCACGAAGAUAUUAAAAAUGAAAUGGUAAAAUUCAAAACAACAGAAAACCUAUCACUAUCAUCCAAUGAUUAUAAUCAAGAUUUUCACUCAUUGGAUAAAGAAGAAACAUUCCAAGACAUAUCAUCAUUUGAAAAUAACUCUGGGAUAUAUGGUUCUGAAAUAAAAAAUGAUGAAACAUCAAAAGAUUACGAUAUACAUGAACUAAAUUUGAAUAAGGGAAAUUUUGAAUUGAAAUCUGAGGAAGAAAACUUUAGUGCAAAUCAAAAUCUUAACUUAUCUGUAGCUGAUGGGAAUUUGGGAAAUAAAUCCAAAAACACAUUAAUCGAUAAUGUAUUACAAGAAAGUAUUGAAAAUGGAAUUAAUAAAAACAGCCAUAGUAUUGAGAGUUCAUUGAUUGAGGUUAUUAAUAUACAAGAAGAAAUGGCUGAAGAAUCGCAAAUAGAGGAAAACCAAGAAGUCAUAGUGUCAGAUGAAUUUGAAAACAACUAUACAUCGAUAGAAGAGGAAAAAUCAAUCAGAGAUGAUAGUUCCUCCAAUAGUUAUACAGAUGAUUUUGAAGAUGAUAAAGAUGAAAAUUCAUUAAUUCAAGAACCUUCUCAUAAAUUAAUAUUAGAUUCAACCCUAAAAACAGAAGAAAAUAAAAAUGUUUCUGAAAUUGAUCAACAUGAUGUGCUCAUGGUCAAAAUAGAACUGACAAUGGACACAACUUCAACAGAAGCAAAAAUAGUUAUAGUGAAAGAUGAUUUGAAUAAGAUUUCUGAUCAUGACAAAAUACAAGAAAUUGACUCAUUUACUCAGGAGAAUGAUAGGUUGAAAUCACCUAUUCAACAGAGAGCUUCCCAAAUUUUAGAAAACAAAAUUGGUUCACAAAAAUGCCCAAUAGAUGGAAACACACGAGAUCGUGAUUACUAUGUCACUGCGUAUGAAGAUAUAACACCAGCUAAUUCCCCUGAAUCAGCAUCACCAGUCAAGUCCAAUCAAUUGGCUUCCCUUAGUACAUUCAAUAAUGAAGCUGAAGAAUUACUGAAAAAGCAACUGGCUAUAGAACUGGAAAUAAAACACUUGGAACAACAACAGAAAGAGCAAUUGCCUUUUGUGUAUAUAAGAGAAAUUCCUAACAAACCGCCACCACCUUAUACACCCCCUUCUACACAAAAUAAUAUUACAAUAUUACCAGGCACAGUUGAAGACUUGAAAGAAAUAUGUCGGUAUUCUGCCGAAGUUUUGUAUAACGCCUAUUUAUCAAAUAAGAUGCAUGCAGUGACAUUUUCAGAAACACAUUUGAAGACUAUCAACCAAACAAAGUGUACAAAAGAAUGUUGUUUGUUUAUUUUCGAUUUAUGUAGAGAAAUAGCCGAAAACCACUAUAAACGUUAUCAAUCUAAGACAUUGCCAUUUUGGUUGAAACUUCCAGAGGAAUCUUGUUUGAUUCUAGGCAAGCCUUUUACUUGUCAUCAGCUAGAAAAUCACAUACAUAUGAAAGUAAAAGAAAUGUUGGGUUUUGAGAAAAAGAGAAUUAAGGAAAAUUCAAUUGUGAGAUGGGCGAAGAAGAAAGAUCAUGUUGAUGAGAUUUUGGUAUUGGAGUCUCAAGCAGAAGAACAGGAAUGGCUCAACUAUGAUAAUGAUGAGUUAAUGGUUAAAAAUGAAGUUACUGAUGCUAUUUUUGAUAUUUUAUUGCGUGACACAGUUAAUAUUUUCAACAAUAUAUUUUCUUGAAUGAAAUAUAUUAUAAACUGUUCUGUUAUUGAGAAUUUGACCUUGGGACCUGUUGAAUAUUUUUAAUCAGUAUUAUGUGUUUUGUAAUUUUUAAUAAAAAUCAUAAAUUCAAA